AUGGCUAGCCAAUUUCCAAGUGUAAUGGACAGACUUGCUCAGUUGAGAAACUUCUUCUUCGUUUUGUACCUCAGAAAAACAUUCAAAGACAAAUCCACUUUCAAGGACGUCAAAAACGCGUCGAUCGUGCCUACCCAGCAAGUCCUGAUCGCGGCAGCAAGUCGACCCUCAUCAACAACAACAACAACUACCACCAGCAACAAGCAACAGUUGCCGAUUGCCACCAUGGAGAAAGGUGUUCCUCAAGCACCCCGAAAAGCUUCUCAAGGACCGUUCAAGUUCCAGGAGAAACUGGAAGUGGUGACAAACGCGUCCGAUGCGCCUCUCCGUUUUAUCAUCGAAGGGGUGUGGUUUCGUAAUAUCUGUCAUAACGUCGUGAAGAAAGCAAAUCCAAAGACCUUCUUGCAGAGAUUGGUUGCUGCAAAAGAAGGUGACAAGGCAGAGAUGCGAUCUUCAUUGAACGCGGUCACCCAACCAGAUAUCCAACGCGUCACUGCGGCUCUCCCUGCCUCUGCUAGUUCGUAUAUUCUCAAAGACCUCUCUGCAGAAGUCCGAUGUAUGAUCUACAACUACUAUUUCAAAGGCACGACACAAGUUCGCAAUGAGUCACCGGCCCUUGUCGUUGCCAUGCGUUGUAGCCGAGAGUACUACCAAGAGGUGGUCGAGUGCUACUACCGUGGGUGCAACUUGGUCAUCUCUCAAUACAACCUGGAUUACUUCAUUGAUAAAUUCCCAGCCCACCGUGUCCGCUGGAUGGGAAGUCUGACGCUGGAAAAAGAGGUCAUCUUGCCGACUCAGCAGAUGUUCCUUUAUCACAAGUACAAGAAGACUGAAAGAGGCUCAAACACUCGUCCUAUUCCAUUCACUCGCAAGUUGAAGACAUGGCUUGACGCCGCCAGACCCUUUGUCGAAGACACCUAUACCGAGCGCUGGGAGGACUUCCAAAGCCUCGCUGAACACCUCCUCUCGUUCUCCACCAUGGCAAAGUUCCAGCAAGCUACCAACCUCCGCUGGCUUAAGAUCAACACUGCUGUCGUGUACGGCCGUGACCCAAAGGAUCUUUGCGUGUUGGUGAAGAAGUUGUACGAGCACUUCCCACUCCUAGAGCACCUGGUCAUCCCUGAUUUGGCAACGCUGCCCUCGACCGAAUUGAUCUUUGGACUUCGUGACUAUUUCGUUCUUGGAAGAACUGGACCACUUAUUCGGUUGGGCCGUACUGAGGACAUCUUGGGGUUCAACGAUGAAGAGUCGAAAUCGUAUAUCCUAAGUGGAGGUUGGCAGCAAAUUCCUAUUGGAUUCGAAUGCUAUCUCGACCCACGCAAUGGCGAGAAGCGAUACUUCCGAUUUAAGUUCUCCGAUGAGGAGGUUAUUGAGCGACGAAUUUAGGGGGUAAAACCACUUAGGCUGCUAUAGGAAUAUGGAUACUUGGGGAGAUGGCAAGUUCGAGCCUGCUUUGAAGAAGACCUCGGAUUGACAAAACUGUCGGGAUAUUUCAAUGAACUGUGCGG